UGGCUCUCGCUGCCCUUUCCAUUAUCUGUAUCCGCCCAUCACCCACUCACCCCUUAAUGACACGUGGACCCUCAAUUGCCCUUCUCUCAGGAUCUGAAGUGUCAGAGGAAGGGAUUAGAUUCUUUAUGACAAGGUUGGGGAGAAGCUAGAUUUUCUCUCUCCCACUACUCAUGGGUAUCAGACAUUUCAUUCAACUGGCUCCAGGACAGGUGUCUUGUUCUGCAAGGCUGGUCAGUUCAGGAAGUAGGUUUCUCUUGAGCGCCCACUGUGGCCCAAACGUUUUCUCUGAAAAGGAUAUCUCCCCUCCCUUCACUUCCCGUUCAUUAUUCACUGUGCGAUGCAUCCUGAGCCCAUUGGCUGACUGAGCAGUCUGAGGCCCUUCAGCCCAGCACCAGCACCCUAGUCCACGUGCAAGGAUGUGUGUGACACAGCCCUGACCUCAGUGGGAGCCAGUAGCCAAUCGGGUGCCAGGGAGAGAUCCUUAGCCAACUGGGGGCGGGGCCUGCGGCUCUUUGGGCAGAAGGCCAAUGAGGGGCAGGGCCUGGCAUUAUGCAACCCGCCUCCCAGCCUCUCGGAGCUUCUCGGUUGCGGGCUGAAACGGCAGGCUGCUGGAGGGCGCUCGAACGGCCAGGUGCUGUGAUUAAAUUACUCAGCCCUCAGAGACAGACGUCCUACCUCCCUUAUCCAGGCCUCAAAAGUCCCGUGGUGCACCCGUGGUGGCCUCCUCACCUUCCCUGUUUUGUUCUCCACUGCAUGGCCCAGACAUGAGUGGCCCCCUAGAAGGGGCUGAGGGGGGAGGAGACCCCAGGCCCGGAGAACCUUUUUGCCCUGGAGGAGCCCCAUCUCCUGGGGCACAGCACCGGCCUUGUACAGGCCGCAGCCUGGCUGAUGAUACUGAUGCAAACAGCAAUGGCUCAAGCGGCAAUGAGUCCAAUGGACACGAGUCCAGGGGCGCAUCUCAGCGGAGCUCUCAUAGCUCUUCUUCUGGCAAUGGCAAGGACUCAGCCCUGCUGGAGACCACCGAGAGCAGCAAGAGUACAAACUCUCAGAGCCCAUCUCCACCAAGCAGUUCCAUUGCCUAUAGCCUCCUGAGUGCAAGCUCAGAGCAGGACAACCCAUCUACCAGCGGCUGCAGUAGUGAACAGUCAGCUCGAGCCAGGACCCAGAAGGAACUCAUGACUGCACUUCGGGAGCUCAAACUUCGAUUGCCACCAGAACGUCGAGGCAAGGGCCGAUCUGGGACCCUGGCCACACUGCAGUAUGCCUUGGCUUGUGUCAAGCAGGUGCAGGCUAACCAGGAAUAUUAUCAGCAGUGGAGUCUGGAGGAGGGUGAGCCUUGUGCCAUGGACAUGUCUACUUACACCCUGGAGGAACUGGAGCAUAUCACAUCUGAAUACACUCUGCGAAACCAGGAUACCUUCUCUGUGGCUGUGUCCUUCCUGACAGGCCGGAUUGUCUAUAUUUCGGAGCAGGCAGGUGUCCUGCUGCGUUGUAAACGGGAUGUAUUUCGGGGUGCCCGCUUCUCAGAGCUCCUAGCUCCCCAGGAUGUGGGUGUCUUCUAUGGCUCUACUACACCAUCUCGACUGCCGACCUGGGGCACUGGGACCUCUGCAGGUUCAGGCCUCAAGGACUUCACCCAGGAAAAGUCUGUCUUCUGCCGAAUCAGAGGAGGUCCUGACCGGGAUCCAGGGCCUCGGUACCAGCCAUUCCGCCUAACCCCAUAUGUGACCAAGAUUCGGGUCUCAGAUGGGGCCCCUGCCCAGCCAUGCUGCCUACUCAUUGCAGAGCGCAUCCACUCUGGCUAUGAAGCUCCCCGCAUCCCGCCUGACAAGAGGAUUUUCACCACGCGGCACACACCCAGCUGCCUCUUCCAGGAUGUAGAUGAAAGGGCUGCACCACUGCUGGGCUACCUGCCCCAGGAUCUUGUGGGGGCCCCCGUACUCCUCUUUCUGCACCCUGAGGACAGACCCCUCAUGCUGGCCAUUCAUAAGAAGAUUCUGCAGCUGGCAGGCCAGCCCUUUGACCACUCUCCUAUUCGCUUCUGUGCUCGGAAUGGUGAAUAUGUCACCAUGGACACCAGCUGGGCCGGCUUUGUGCAUCCCUGGAGUCGCAAGGUGGCUUUCGUGUUGGGCCGCCAUAAAGUACGCACGGCACCCCUGAAUGAGGACGUCUUCACUCCCCCGGCCCCCAGCCCAGCUCUGUCCCUGGACUCUGAUAUACAGGAACUCUCAGAGCAGAUCCAUCGACUGCUGUUGCAGCCUGUGCACAGCUCCAGCCCCACAGGGCUCUGUGGAGUUGGCCCUCUGAUGUCUCCUGGUCCUCUUCAUAGCCCUGGCUCCUCCAGUGAUAGCAAUGGGGGUGAUGCUGAGGGGCCUGGGCCUCCUGCUCCAGUGACUUUCCAGCAGAUCUGUAAGGACGUGCAUCUGGUGAAGCACCAGGGACAGCAGCUCUUCAUUGAGUCCCGGGCCAAGCCUCCACCCCGGCCCCGCCUCCUCGCUACAGGUACACUCAAGGCCAAAGUCCUUUCCUGCCAAUCCCCAAACCCUGAACUGGAGGUGGCUCCUGCUCCCGACCAAGCCCCACUCGCAUUGGUCCCUGAGGAGCCAGAGAGGAAAGAAGCCUCCAGCUGUUCCUACCAGCAGAUCAACUGCCUGGACAGCAUCCUCAGGUACUUAGAGAGCUGCAACAUUCCCAGCACAACAAAGCGCAAAUGUGCCUCCUCCUCUUCCUGUACUGCUUCCUCAGCCUCCGAUGACGACAAGCAGAGGGCAGGCCCAGUUCCUGUCGGGGCCAAGAAAGAUCCGACGUCAGCAGUGCUGUCUGGGGAGGGGGCCACUCCUCGGAAGGAGCCAGUGGUGGGAGGCACCCUGAGCCCGCUCGCCCUGGCCAAUAAGGCAGAGAGCGUGGUGUCUGUCACCAGUCAGUGUAGCUUCAGCUCCACCAUCGUCCAUGUGGGAGACAAGAAGCCCCCGGAGUCGGACAUCAUCAUGAUGGAGGACCUGCCUGGCCUAGCCCCUGGCCCAACCCCUAGUCCGGCCCCCAGCCCCACAGUAGCCCCUGACCCAGCCCCAGAUGCUUAUCGCCCAGUGGGUCUGACCAAGGCUGUGCUAUCCCUGCACACACAAAAGGAAGAACAAGCCUUCCUCAGCCGCUUCAGAGACAUCGGCAGGCUUCGUGGACUUGACAACUCUUCCGUGGCCCCCUCAGCCCCUGGCGAGCGAGGCUGCCACCAUGGCCCCAUGCCCCCUGGUCGCCGACACCACUGCAGAUCUAAAGCAAAACGUUCUCGCCACCACCAGAACCCCCAGCCUGAAACUCCCUGCUAUGUCUCCCACCCUUCACCUGUGCCCUCCUCUGGACCCUGGCCACCCCCCCCAGCCACUGCCCCCUUCCCAGCAAUGGUCCAGCCCUACCCACUCCCAGUCUUCGCCCCUCGAGGAGGUCCACAGCCUCUGCCCCCUGCCCCCACGUCUGUGCCCCCUGCUACUUUCCCUUCUCCCUUGGUGACCCCAAUGGUGGCCUUGGUGCUCCCUAACUAUCUAUUCCCUACCCCACCUAGCUAUCCAUAUGGGGUAUCCCAGGCCCCUGCCGAGGGGCCACCUACUCCUGCUUCCCACUCACCUUCUCCGUCCCUGCCCCCACCGGCCCCCAGCCCCCCACACCGCCCAGACUCCCCCCUGUUCAACUCAAGAUGCAGUUCCCCACUGCAGCUCAAUCUGCUGCAGCUUGAGGAGUCCCCCCGCACUGAGGGGGGUGCUGCAGGGGGCCCCGGAAGCAGCGCUGGGCCCCUGCCUCCCAGUGAGGAGGCUGCUGAGCCAGAGGCCAGACUGGCAGAGGUAACUGAGUCCUCCAAUCAGGACGCACUUUCAGGCUCCAGUGAUCUGCUGGAGCUACUACUACAGGAAGAUUCUCGCUCUGGCACAGGCUCUGCAGCUUCAGGCUCUCUGGGCUCUGGCUUGGGCUCUGGAUCUGGUUCAGGAUCCCAUGAAGGGGGGAGUACCUCAGCCAGCAUUACUCGUGAGUGCUCCCUCCAGUACUUCCCAGAGUGGGACAGAGGCAGCAGCCAAAGCAGCCACACAAGCAAGUACUUUGGUAGCAUCGACUCUUCAGAGGCUGAAGCUGGCGCUGCUCAGGUCAGGACUGAGCCUGGGGACCAGGUUAUUAAGUAUGUGCUCCAGGAUCCCAUCUGGUUGCUCAUGGCCAAUGCUGACCAGCACGUCAUGAUGACUUACCAGGUGCCCUCCAGGGACACAGCCUCUGUGCUGAAGCAAGACCGGGAGAGGCUCCGAGCCAUGCAGAAGCAACAGCCACGGUUCUCAGAGGACCAGCGGCGGGAGCUGGGUGCUGUGCACUCCUGGGUCCGGAAGGGCCAGCUGCCUCGGGCCCUUGACGUGAUGGCUUGUGUGGACUGUGGUAGCAGCAUUCAAGACCCUGGCCACUCUGAUGACCCACUCUUCUCAGAACUGGAUGGGCUGGGGCUGGAGCCCAUGGAAGAGGGUGGAGGCGAGGGCGGCGGUGGUGGUGGUGGUGAGUGUGACGGCGGUGAGGAGGCCCAGACCCAAAUUGGGGCUAAGGGCUCAAGUUCUCAGGACUCUGCCAUGGAAGAAGAAGAACAAGGUGGGAGUUCAUCCAGUCCAGCUUUACCUGCGGAAGGAAACGGCACCGGCUAGACUCCAUUUUGAGGCCACUUGCAGCUGUCUAUGAGAGGCUUCCUUUUCAUCCAUGUUGGGGUUCUUAAACCUCAAGAUAUGGCUGGACCAACCAAUAGGAAACUGCCCCAGCUUCUCCCAACAUAGGGGGCAGGACCCCCACUACCAGCCCAGGACCCAGGAGCUGCCUCUAGCCUCUUAGCAGAGAGUGGAAAUUUCCCGCCUAGCUUGGAGGAUUGUUCAUUCCCACCCUGCUGAGGAGACCCUUCCUCACUCAGCUGACAAGAUGCUGGCAUGAGCCUGAGUCCCAGUGGGAGGGUUGGGGCUGCACUUAUUUAUUGGGGGAGACAGUUCACUCUCCUAUCUCAUCCCAGGUGGGAGGAGGGGAGCCUGGGGUCAGUGUAGGACACAGGGGUUUUGAACCCCUAGCUGCUCCAGGGUGGGGGAGGUUGGUGGACCGUGGAGUCCCUGGUGCUGCCCCUCAGGUGGGACCCAGGUGUUCUCAGCUCUACCCUCAACCAAUGGCAUUUGUGUUUUUGAUAUUGUGUCUGUUAUUUUUUUAAUACAAAAUGAAAAACCAAAA